CAGUAGAGGAUGGGUCAUACGACUUUGGGCUGGUACAGUUAGGACGGAGGUAAAACUCCAAUGUAUUUGAUAAUUCUUAUAGGCUAUUAGGCUACUUGGGGGAUAGGCUACGCCAGUUUGCGCCAGCUGCAAUAGUUUAAAACUGUAGCUUAUCUUCUUUAUUGUCGAGGAUACUUUAUUUAACAGCUACAACACAUACAGACUUUAGAAGAGACAACAAGGACAGAAGCAUUUUUUAUAGAUAGAAAAAGGAGAAAGUUACCGAGUACAGGAGUGCGUUUUGGAUGCUGCCACUUCCCGGGAUGCCAGCUCGCAGCGCUCUGAGCUUCUUGCUAUGGGUGAUGAGCUGCGCGUGUCUGCAUUCUGGAGUCUCAUCGCGGAUGAAGUCUCCCGCACUGCCCAUCCAGUCCGAGAGAGAACCUCUACCUUCAAAGGGACUGUCAGGAUGCUCAUUUGGUGGAAGAUUCUAUUCCCUGGAGGACACGUGGCACCCUGACCUAGGAGAGCCGUUUGGGAUCAUGCACUGUGUCCAGUGUAACUGCGAACCGCAAAAGGGCCGCCGAGGGAAGGUGCUUGGGAAGGUGAGCUGUAAGAACAUCAAACAGGACUGCCCAGAACCCAACUGUGACAACCCUGAACUGCUGCCUGGACAGUGCUGCAAGACCUGCCCCAAAGGUGAGGUGGACAGGAAACAGGUGGAGACUGUGUUUGAUGGCUUCGAGUACUACCAGGAGAAGGAGGAUGACCUGCACAAGUCCUACAACGACCGAUCUUACCUCAGCUCUGAAGACUUCUCUCCAGAGGACAGUCGUUCGGACUUUGUGGCCGUGUUAACAGGUCUAACGGACUCCUGGAUGCCCAGCUCCAGUGGAGUGGCUCGGGCCCGCUUCUCCCUGUCCAGAAGCAGCCUGGGCUUCUCCAUCACCUACCUGAGGAUGGGACCGCCCAGCAAGAUGGUCUUCCUCGAUGUUGACGGAAACACUGCGUAUGAGUACAAGGUUCCUAAGGGCCAGUCAGACAUGUCUCCAGCCAUUCAGAGUGUCAUGUCGAGUGGCGAUGCACUGACACCCGGGGCCACAGGCGGAGUGGGGUCCGCGAUCUUCCAUCUCCAUGACAACGGUACCUUGGAUUACCAGGUCCAGGUCGUGGGGAUCACCAGCGACGUUGUGGGCAUCACCAUCGAGCUGAAACCCCGCCGCCGCAACAAGCGCUCCGUCCUGUACGACCUGACGCCGGAGUACGAGGGCCUGAGCGGCCGGGGGAUGGGCAGCUGGAGCCGCCUGGAGGCGCGCCACAUCCACAUGCUGCUCCAGAACGAGCUGUUCAUCAACGUGGCCACCGUGCACGUCCAGGAGGGGGAGCUGCGAGGCCAGAUCCGGACGCUCCUCUACAGCGGCCUGGAGGCACCGCGGCACGACCUGCCCACCCCUCUGGCGGGGCAGUUUGCGGCGCCCCCUGUGCGCUCCAGUGCCGGGGGCCACGCCUGGGUGUCUGUGGACGAGCGCUGCCACCUCCACUACGAGAUCAUGGUGGCGGGCCUCAGCAAGAGCGAUGACCUCACCGUCAGUGCUCACCUCCACGGAUUGGCUGAGAUCGGGGAGCUGGACGAGACCGCCACCAAUCACAAGAGGCUGCUCACCGGGUUCUACGGCUCACAGGCCCAGGGAGUGUUGAAGGACAUCAGUGUGGACCUGCUCCGUCACCUGGACAGAGGAACGGCCUUCAUCCAGGUCAGCACCAAGGUCAACCCCAGGGGAGAGGUCCGCGGCCGGGUCCACGUGCCCAAUCACUGCGAGUUUGGGACGAGAGGGGAGGUGGAGGAGGCGGAGUUUGAUGACCUGUUCGUGAGUGACCCGGAGGAGCUGAAGAAAGACCCGCACACCUGCUUCUUCGAGGAACACCACGCCCACGGUUCCCACUGGACCCCCAACUACAACAACUGCUUCACCUGCAGCUGCCAGAAGCGUACGGUGAUCUGUGACCCGGUCAUUUGUCCGGCGCUGACGUGCUCACGCACCAUCCAGCCAGAGGGCAAAUGCUGUCCAUGUGUGACGAGGAAGGAGCCCAAGGACAUGAAAGCUCCUGAGCGGCUGGAUGAGCAUCGGAAGGCUCCUGAAGGUUGUUAUUUUGAAGGGGACCAGAAGAUGCAUGCUCCAGGGACAACAUGGCACCCGUUCGUCCCUCCGUUUGGCUUCAUCAAGUGUGCCGUCUGCACCUGCAAGGGGGCGACGGGCGAGGUGCACUGCGAGAAGGUCACGUGCCCGGCGCUGGUGUGCAGCCGGCCGGUGCGCCGCAGCCCCUCUGACUGCUGUAAGGAGUGUCCAGAGGACGAGGGCCCCGCCCUGGAGCACGCCGACACCAUGCAGGCGGACGGAACGCCACACUGCAAGUUCGGCAAAACCUUCUACCAGAACAGCGACAACUGGCACCCCCGCGUGCCCCUGGUGGGAGAGAUGAAGUGCAUCACCUGCUGGUGUGAUCAUGGUGUGACUAAGUGUCAGAGGAAGCAGUGUCCAGUUCUGACCUGCAGCAACAUCACACGCAGGGAGGGCAAGUGCUGUCCCGAGUGCCAAGACUCCAAAGAAGAAGAGGAGAUGAUUAAAGUCGCAGACAAGAAGAAGAGCUGAGACACUGAGCCCUCCCCCCCUCCCCGCCCCCCUUCCCCCCUCGCCCCCCUUCCCCCUCGCCC